AUGUCGUCGACGACGGACCACCAGCCGCCGGGGAGCACGGCAAGGUUCGAGGAUGCCACUCGGGAUCUCCUGGAGGCCUGCUCUCGCCUCCGGCUGGGCCAGAUGGUCACCGUGCCCGGCUUCACGCUCAUGGACUCGAUGAGCGCGAUACAGAUCAUGGACGCGCGCAUGGACUCGGGCAUGGAGCUGCCGGACGACGAGCUGCCAGAGACGGACAGGAUCCCGGCGUCGCUCGGCCAGCUCGAGUACGACCCGUUGCAGCCGCUCGACGGCCCAGACGUCGUCUGGAUCAUGGACCGCCUGCUGGCCUGCGAGGCCGCCUGGCACCUCGGGCGCGCCCUGUCCCAGACCAUCUACACCUGCCUCUACUUUCAUGAUCUCCAGCGUAUGUCGGUUCAGGAUGCCGCAUACCACGCUCAAGCCUCGACGUCGACGCCGGCGCCGGCGCCCGAGCUCAGGUCCAAGGUGCUCCGGGCCUUUAUCGUCGCCACCGUCAAGACGUGCGACCUCGCCUGGAACGAGCUCACCAAGCAGAACGUCUACGAUGGCGAGGACUUUUCCGGCGACAAGUCUGGCCUCGGCUUGCUCGAGGGCACGGAACCGCGGUACGCCCUGGCGCUGCUCGACGACGCCCUCGAGUGGCUAUCAGCGGACCCGACCCUCAGCGACGAUAUCGGGCAGUCCCUGAAGGCCAGGCUGUCCCUGAGAAAGCAACUCCUCUCGGCCACGAUGCUGCUUGCAGAAGGCGACCCGGCAGCACUGAUCGAGGUGUCGUUGCACUGCCGCUUUGCGAAGAAGCACCUCGCCGCGUUGAGGCCUCAUGACGACGACGCGACCGCGGUAGCUGGCCAGGCCGACACCGCUGCAUCACCGCCGUGCAUCGCCUUGCAAGAUCCUGGCCGGCAAAAGGCGCCGUCGACCAGGUCGAUGGCGUCGUUCGACCCGGCCUACAAUCGCAAGCUCGUCGCAAACGCGCCGCUGCGUCCCAUCGCGCUGCCGUCCGCUCGCGAGACCUGGACCUUUCUCGAGGGCCUCCUCGACGGGCUGCAGGAGGUGGUCCAGCUGUUGCAGAGGCCAGACGCGCUGGGCUGGAAGAUGUUCUUCAGCUGCCAUGCCUACAGCUUCCAGGCAAGGCAGACCAGCCCGUACAUCCGCUCCCUCUAUCAGUCUGCAGUCUGCGACCGGAACAUGGUGGCCGGACGGCUGCCGCUCGACUGGCUCACGCAAAACUUCUUCGCCGAGACGGCCCAAGUCGACCCGCUCCUGCUGCGCCGGCUCUCGAGCGUUGGCCAGGGCGCCGUCGAGGGCGGCCGCCCGGGCGCAUGGAACGCGCCGCCUUCGCUGGGUCAGUCGGCCAACUACUUUUCCCAGCGCAUCGCAGGCCAUCUGGUCAGUUACCUGACGACGCUGUCGCAGAAUCGCUCCAGGCAGAAGCGCAGCCUGGCAAAGGCGUACGCGCAGUGGAUGGCGCUGGCCGAGGAGGCGUCGCAGCUCGGCAAGCGGAUCGAGUCGGUGUCGAGGCCGGAAGACUACAUGCCGGACUCGCUGUUUGCCGGCGUCCAGCACGCGGCGCUCGACGUGACGCUGCAGGUCGUCCUCUCGGGCUUCGAGCUGGACCUCUACCGGCGCGACGAGUGGGCGGGCAUCUACUUUGUGGCCUCGCGGAUCUGCUCGGAACAGGCGCUGGUGUGCGAGGGAAUCCGAACCGGCCUGCUGGACCGGCGCGCGACGCUACACAACGCACAGGCGGCCACGACGAUCCACUACCUCGCUUCACAGGAGGAGAUGGCGCGCGCUCUCGAGGCCGCUGCGGUCGGCACCGUCCUGCUCCUGCACGCCCUCGAACCCAAUCUGCAGCCUCGGCCGUGGCCGCUCUCGACGCGCACCGACGAUCCGGCGCUGGCCAAACGCACCGCCGCCCUGGCCAAGGCUACAUUCGCGGCCCGCCUCAAGUGGCUCGAGCUACCCAGCGCCAGGCAGUCUCGCCAGUCGAUCGACGAUCUGUGGGACGAGCUGUCGGCCUUCCAGGCAGGCGUCCGCUCCCUUUCCGCCCACGACUGCCUGGCCGAGGCGGAGGCCAACUGGCGGCGCGCCGUCGACGAGCUGCAGCUGUACCUCGCUCGGCCGCCGAGCCAGCUACGAACCCAGCUUUGCGCCGAUCAGCAUCGAGAAAUCACACAAGCACUCCUCUGCACCUGUCAGCAAAACCUCGACCUCGCCAGCAGGCUAAAAGCAGGCGCCCCCCCCGGCAGCGACACCGGCGCCCGGUGCGAGCCCCGCUUCUCACAACACAGGUGGUUCCCCGUCCUCGUGCAGGCCGCGGCCGCCUGA